GCACCUCCAACAAAACAAACUCUCUCUCUCAAUAAAUAUACAUGUAAACCCAGCUUUUGCUUUCUCACUUGACUUGCUACUACUUGGGACACUGUGAAUUCUCUCUCUCUCUCUCUCUCACGAUGUUGUCGUGUUUUACGGAGAAUCGUAUGAGCAGAUGCACACAUCCCACUGACUGCUGCUACCACUACAUCUUCUUGUUUGUAUCUAUACUACUCAUCACUACUUCAACUUCUUGUUCUGAUGGCACUUGUCAGUUUAUGGAACCAUGUUCAACUGCUACUGAUUGUGGGCAAGGUUUAUAUUGUGGGAAUUGUCCAGAAAUUGGCAAGGCUCAGCCCAUUUGUACUAGAGGCCAGGCUAACAUUCCUACUUCUAUUAUUAGUGGUUUGCCUUUCAACAAGUAUACCUGGCUCAUGACCCACAAUUCGUUUUCGAUUGUGGAUGCACCUCUAUUAACUGGCUCUCAGAGAAUUACUUUUUAUAAUCAAGAAGAUACUGUUACUAACCAGCUCAGAAAUGGAGUGAGGGGAUUGAUGUUGGAUAUGUAUGACUUUGAGAAUGAUAUCUGGCUCUGCCAUUCGUUCCAGGGCGAGUGUUUCAAUAUCACAGCCUUUCAACCUGCAAUUAACACAUUGAGGGAAGUUGAAGCAUUUUUGACCCAAAACCCGACUGAGAUUGUCACUAUUAUUAUCGAGGACUAUGUACAUACUACAAAAGGAUUGACCAAGUUGUUUGCCAAUGCCGGAUUGGACAAGUACUGGUUUCCACUCUCCAAGAUGCCAAAGAAGGGUGCGGAUUGGCCAACCAUUACCAAAAUGGUCCAAGAGAAUCAUAGAUUGUUAGUCUUCACCUCUGACUCCUCCAAGGAAGUAGGUGAGGGAAUAGCUUAUCAGUGGAGGUACAUUCUGGAAAAUGAGCCUGGAGAUGGUGGAGUGAUACAAGGGUCCUGCCCGAAUAGGAAAGAAUCAAAGCCGUUAAACUCAAAAAGUGCUUCCCUUAUACUACAAAAUUAUUUCCCAACAAUACCUGUAGAAGAUGAAGCUUGCAAGGAGCAUUCAGCUCCGCUUGCUAAUUUAGUUGGAGCCUGUUAUAAAUCAGCAGGGAAUGUGAUGGCAAACUUUUUGGCAGUAAACUUUUACAUGAGGAGUGAUGGAGGAGGAGUUUUUGAUGCCGUAGACGAGAUGAAUGGUCAUACGCUAUGCGGUUGCAGUACUGUCACUGCUUGCCAGGCUGGUGCACCAGUUGGGGUAUGCAAGAAUAUGUCUCCAUCUAACACAACUCCAACGACAAACACUGGAGGAAGUUUUUCUGGAUCUGUUCAGCUGUCUGCAUCAACGUCAAUGUUCCAUGAUUUGAAUUUUAUGAUUUUCUAUAUGUGUGGCAUGUUGAUUUUUUUAUUAAUCCUAAAAUAGAUACACGCUUUAUUUCAACACUACAUGUAUCACAUUAUAUUGUCGGGCUCCUGGUGUAUUAGAGAGUAAAUUCUUGUAAUAUCAGAGUAGGCGUACUGCAUGCAAGUGAAGAUUGAUCUUGUUAGCUUUAAUAUGAUAUAAAAUUUAACCGAGGUUGAAGGUUGUGCAGAUUUGAGUUAGAAAUGGAUCAAUGCAACUCAAAUAUAUGGUUUAGGUUUCCAGACAGAUAUGUGCUGCUUGCAAUUUGUAACUGUUCCUGUUUGUAAGGAGUUAAUGACAAAUUUGGAUCAGUGUAGGAGCUCCUUUCUUAUAUGUUUGUCUUAAUUUUAAUUCUAAUUCUUCUGUUGUUGGAACCAAAUACUGUAGCAAGAAUCAAUUUAAUCUGUUUACAUUGUAAUUGCGAGCAAGAAUACAGAGGUUGAUUGAUUGUUAGAUGAA